AUGCAAGAAGAAGAUGGAAGAACUGCAGCAUCUUAUUUUGCCGAAUCAGGUCAAGAACGGCCCCUUCAGCAGCUUAUUGACAAAGGUGCUGAUCUUAAUAUGGUUGGCCACGCAGAACUCACACCGCUUAUGUACGCUAUCAAGAAAGAACAGACAUCUGUUGUCAUAAAAUUGCUGAACACUACCCUGGUUGACUGUAACAAACGGACGACCAAGGGAAGAAGCGCUCUGUGGUUCGCAGUUGAACAGAACAGUAUCAAAGUUAUGACAGAGCUGCUUGGCAACGGAGAUGGUAUCAAUCAAGAAGAUGACUACCAGGUUUCACCACUGUUUUUGGCUGCCAAGAAAGGCCAUGAAGAAGCAGUGAACCUUCUUGUAAAGCAAGGUACAGCCGUUGACAAAGAGGACAACUCUCAGGUCACGCCUUUGAUAUGGGCUAUGUGA